UUGCGGUAGACUCGGAUCCUGUCUCCCGUCAAAAUAGUCCAAACAAAGUCCUCUCUACACCACCCACACCCCACAUUUUGACUCUCUCUCUCUCUCUCUCUUUCUAAAAAAACCUAAUGGAAAUGGGUGAUCAGUACGGCCUGCCUGAUUUCCAGCGGCUUUUAACGAGGAGAACCCAUUUUCCGGCAUCCCUGCUGCCCCAACCUUCUGAGUCGCCUUACCUUGCUCAUCAUAGGAACAUGGCUCCAUCACCACCUCCUUACCAUGAACCACCCUACGUGUUGAGCAAUGGGGAUAUUGCAAUGCCUAGUGGUUUGCUUAGGUUUAACACUACUGGCGCCACUGGUUUUACUGCUGAGGCUUCAGCUUCUGCUGCUGUUGGUGGUGGAGGAUGGAGUUUGGGAAAUAUCGACUGCGGAAACAGCCGGUGGCCGAGGCAGGAGACUCUUACUCUUCUUGAGAUCAGAUCUAGACUUGAUUCCAAGUUCAAAGAGGCUAACCAGAAAGGACCCUUAUGGGAUGAAGUGUCUAGAAUAAUGGCGGAGGAAUAUGGAUACCAGAGAAGUGGGAAGAAAUGUAGAGAGAAGUUUGAAAACCUUUAUAAAUACUAUAAGAAGACCAAGGAAGGUAAAGCUGGUAGGCAAGAUGGGAAGAAUUACAGGUUUUUCAAACAGCUGGAAGCCAUUUAUGGUGAAACAAGUAACCAAAGUUCAGUCCCAGAAACUAACAACAUUAAUACUGUUCCAAGCAACCUGCCGGAGAAAUAUCAUGAAUCCAUGCAAGAACAGAAGAUGAGCGAGAGCCUCGGUUUCUCCGACCCCGAAUUCGAGGCUUCCUCGUCGGAAAAAAUGAACGACGACGAAUGCGAGCUUUCGGGUAUUGCUUCCAUGGUGAAUCAAAUGGGGGUUAAGAAGGGAUGGAAAACCAAGGUGAAGGACUUCGUGGACUCACAGAUGAAGAGGUUGAUCGAUUCACAGGAUGUUUGGAUGGAGAGGAUGUUGAAGGUGAUUGAAGAGAAAGAAAAAGAAAGGGUGUUGAGAGAAGAGGAAUGGAGGAGACAAGAGGCUGCUCGGUUCGAUAAAGAACAUGAACUCUGGGUUAAGGAAAGAGCUUGGAUUGAAGCUCGGGAUGCUUCUUUAAUGGCGGCUUUGAGGACGUUAAGACCCUUGACGGCUAAAACCCAGAACGAGAUCAACGCCAACAGAUGGACCGAGCAUGAAAUCUUGGAACGGAGGUUGCAGGAAAAUGGGUAUUCGACGAGGCAAAGCACGUGGGAAGACAUAGAAGCGAAAAUGGUGAACUUGGGGUAUGGUUAUGAACAUGAAGCAAACAAUGCAGAGUGUUACAAGAAACGGAAAGAGGAUUACUUGAGCAGCUAGACUCCAUUGAUGGUCAAGAAGAAAAUAAGAGCGUUUACGGCGUGAAACAAAGGGUAAACCAGGCAGCCGCCGCCGCCAUGGAUUCAUCAUCAUCAUCAACAUCAAUUCGUUUCAGAUAUCGGCAGUAAACAGGUAUGGAUUGAAGAUGAUGAGAAAGGGAAAGAAUCAGCAAUUAUCUUCUCUUCUUAAAUACCGUACUAGUAAUAAUGUAGAUGUAGGAGCUGAUAUUUGUAUGGGGAAUGAACAAGAAUGGGCAUGAGAAUUAUUUGGUGUUUAGAGUUUCACUUUACUCCAUCAUGUGAAACAAUGGAUUCAUCUUUGUAAAUUAUAAACCAUGGAUCCAUAAUGAGUUAUCAACAUUGAUUUAUUUUCCUUCAA